UCAUGACGCCAUGCGCCACACGCUCAACUACAGGGAAAUCGAAAGCUAGAAGAGACAUUUCAGGGAUCCGUCCAAAUAAUAGCACUCGUUACCAUGACCGAAGAAAAUAUCUUCCUGUUCGUCCCGAAUUUAAUCGGAUAUGCCCGUAUUGUCCUGGCUCUGGUAUCCUUCUACUUGAUGCCCUGCUGCCCGGGUCCAGCUGUGUUUUGUUACCUACUGAGUGCCCUUUUAGAUGCCUUCGAUGGACAUGCUGCCCGCGCUCUUAAUCAAGGUACAAAGUUUGGUGCCAUGCUGGACAUGUUGACUGACCGUUGUGCCACCAUGUGUUUGCUGGUAAAUCUGGCACUGCUGUACCCAUCCUACACUUUCCUGUUUCAGCUCAGCAUGUGUUUGGACGUGGCCAGCCACUGGCUGCACCUGCACAGUUCCAUGAUGAAGGGAGCAACUAGUCACAAAACCAUUGACCUCUCUGGAAACCCCAUCUUGCGGCUCUACUACACAUCCAGGCCGGUGCUGUUUUUUAUGUGUAUGGGGAAUGAACUGUUCUUCUGUCUGCUUUACGUAAUGUACUACAUUGAGGAACCCCAGGUGUGGCUGCAAUGGCUGCUGGGAGUUUGUGCCGUGGUGUCUCUGCUGAAGUCUGGCAUAAGUCUCCUCCACCUCAUCACCGCCUCCCGCAACAUGGCUGCUAUCGAUGUGGCUGACCGUGAGAGAGAGCGGAGCAAAGCACAAUGAUAGAUGAGAGGAUGCACAAACCAAGAAAACGGAGACGAAGGGAGAGAGAAGAUGAUGAGCAGAAAAGGUGUUAUGAGAUCAUUGGCAAGCUUUACAAGUAUUGAUGAGAAUGAGAUCAUGGAAAUCAAUCAUGGGACCAUGCAAAGUCUCACUGAGCAUUUAUAUUUAUUUGAAUAUAGAUUAUCAAUGGUAUGAUACCAGGGGAAAUACCUUACGAGUUUCAUCCAUAUUCCUGUAAUUCUAGUUAUUAGUCAUUCCCAUUUCUGUUGAUAUUUAUGUCAUCUUUGGGGUGUCUCAUGAUUUUUAUUUAUUUGUUUGAUUGUUUUAGUUGUUAAUUGAAUAAUCGUGCAUAUUUUUAAUAGGAUUUAGAAUAGCUCUGCUGUUUAAAAGCUACAUUUCCAAAUAGCAUUCACAUAAAAGACAGAAACAUUCCACACUUCAACUGAAAGUCAAUCGAGUGUCACAGUAUUUGGUGUUGGUUUUAUCAUCAGAUUUUUAUCAUUGUGUGGCAUUUAAUUAUUUCUGUAAAUGAGCCUGUUUUUUGUUGUAGGUCUAUCAAAGGACAUUUAUCUGUUUGAAUAUUAGUUUGAAGAGUGUGGAAACAUUAUAUUAUAUUAUUAUAAGUGGCUCUGCCAUUAAUUUUGUCCAAAGCCUUCUGAAUGUAUUAUUGGGCUGUGGUAGAUACUGUUUUAGAGCUGUUGUUAUAUAAAUGAUCAGAAUUUUGAGAGUUAUACGAUUGUGGAGAAAAGUAUUUUGUACUGUAACAGAUGAUUUGACAAUAAAGUCAUCCUGACACCAA